AAUGAAUAUCCAUCCAUUCACGAAAGGUAAACUAAUGAGUCAAGAAACGAAAGAUAAAAUCCCCAAACGUAUCUCAGAACAAAGGACCAGUCUGGUCUUUCCUCAAACUAAGACAGGACAGGAGGAGGUGGUCUCUGCAAGAGAAUCAGAAUCAAGAAUGGCUAUGGAGAAUUGCUUCCAAAUGAGCAGUGUCUUCACGACAAGAGCUGGAGGACCCAAAUGCCACCGUAACCCGUCUUCUUUCACAGAGAAGCUCCAAAUCUCUACUGCUUGCAGACCAUUCUCUACACCUUCUCUCUCAUCCACUUCAUUCUCUCUCCUAAAUUCCAAAACCCAGAAUUCAAGAAUCAUCUGCAAGGCCGGUGAAGCCCUAGACGAAGUGAAGCCAGUGACAGAAUCGACAUGGGAGACGCAAGUGAUUGGAAACGAGAACCCUGUCCUUGUGGAGUUCUGGGCCCCAUGGUGUGGACCCUGCAAGAUGGUUCAGCCUGUCAUCGACGAACUGGCGAAGGAAUAUUCCGGCAAGAUCUCGUGUUUCAAAGUCAACACGGACGAGAGCCCGAACAUCGCGACCAAGUACAGUAUCAGAAGCAUCCCCACGAUUCUGUUCUUCAAGAACGGUGAAAAGAAGGAAGGUAUCAUCGGAGCUGUCCAAAGGAAAACACUUUCCGACACGAUCGAGAAGUACAUAGAUUAGAAAAGAUAAUCUUGAGUCCAUGCAGAUCUGAAGGAUGGAAAUAACCAUGUCGCUUCUUUGCAUUGUUUAUUCAAUAUGUGAAUAUGAACACUACUAUCAUUAUCCAAGAUUCCGCAUAUGAACUA